AUGCUUAUUCCAAAGGAAGACCGUAAAAAGAUCCACCAGCACUUAUUCCAAGAGGGAGUUGUUGUUGCAAAGAAAGAUUUUGAAAUUCAACAUGAGGAGAUUGGUACUAAGAACCUUUACGUUAUCAAAGCCUUGCAAUCUUUGACUUCAAAAGGAUAUGUGAAGACACAAUUUUCAUGGCAAUACUACUACUACUCCUUGACUGAUGAUGGACUUGAGUAUCUUCGUGAAUAUCUCAACAUCCCAGAGGGUAUUGUGCCAAAAACAUUGUUACAGGAGCCCGUACCCGAGCGUCUCCCCAGACGCGGUGGUGAAAGAAGAUUUACUCGUAACUAA